UACUGCGCAUCCAUCGGAAUGGUUUACCUUUCUUUACACCAUGACCUGAAUUAUAUAUUUUCAGUACUGACAGUAAAUAUCAGAACGCAGCCACUAAUGCCAGUGUCUCAUUUAGCAAUCGCGCGGUUGAGAAAUGGCAGCGGAAAUAAAGCCCGCCCCGGGAGUAAAUCACGAUAAAUUCAGCAAUAGCCGCAAGCCGGUCCUCCUAUCAAAAUUGGAAGGCUGCAGCGACGACGUUAACGCGGCUAUCAUUAUUCCGCGAGAAGAGGGUGUAAUCAGUGUUUGCGAUGACAGGACUGUUAGAGUAUGGCUAAAGCGGGAUUCCGGUCAUUAUUGGCCAAGUAUUUGUCAAUAUAUGCCAGCAGGUGCUACUUCUAUGCAUUAUUGCGUAGAAACGAGGCAACUAUUUGUAGGCCUGGAUAAUGGAAGCAUAAAUGAAUUUAUUUUGGAGCAAGAUUACAAUCGAAUGACAGCUAUGCGCGAUUAUUUAGCACAUCAAGCGAGAGUCACAGGAAUCAUUUUUGCAGCAGAUUUUGAGUGGGUCUUAAGUAUUGGUCGGGAUAAAUUAUUUCAGUUACACAGCUCGGAGACAGGACAAAAAUUAGGCUCGUACCAAACAGACGCAUGGUAUACCGCUCUACAAUUCGAUACUCAAUCCAAACAUGCUUUUGUGGGAGAUUACUCUGGUCAAAUAGCAAUGUUAAAACUAGACACGAAUGGUGUUACCUUCAUUACUACGUUGAAAACACACACGGGAAGUAUCCAUACAUUAGCAUGGGAUACUGAAAAACAAUUGUUGUUUUCCGGAAGUUUUGAUCAAAGCAUUAUCGUUUGGGACAUUGGAGGUCGCCAAGGCACCGCUUACGAGCUUCAAGGACACCACAACAAAGUGACGGCAUUAUGCUACGCGAGUGUCGAACGUUUACUCUUGUCUGGAGGUGAGGAUGGCGUGAUCGUCUGUUGGAAUAUGGGGGCAAAUAGGAAGGAAACCGCAGCUUGGGUCGAGUCCGACAUUUGUCAGGCUUGUGGAAGACCUUUUUUCUGGAACAUAAAAGCUAUGAUGGACCAACGACAAUUGGGUCUAAGGCAGCACCAUUGCCGUUACUGCGGUCGCGCUUUGUGUGCUCGCUGCACGUCGCAACGGAUACCGAUACCAGCGAUGGGUUUCGAGUUUGAAGUAAGAGUUUGCGAUCAAUGUCACAUACAGCUUAAAUCGGAAAAUCAGUCGUCAUUGGCCUCCUUCCAUGAUGCCAAACACAGUGUCAUCGGGAUGGAUUUGGAUGCUUCCAGACGAAGAUUGUUGACUAUCGGUCAAGAUCGCGUUAUUAAAAUUUGGGAUGUAUCCGCGCUCUUUCAGUGAAUUUCUCUAUGCCCACGUCGAUGUGUAUCGAUAAUGACGAUUCAAGCUGAUACAAAUCAAAUCAUAGAAGUAUCAUCAUACUCGGAAGAAUACUCCAGAACCUAUUUUUGUGAUUAUGUAAUCAUGUCUGUUUGUGAAUCCGUGAUCAUAAUUACAUAACUGAGUGGACCGACAUCGAGCCGGACAUUCAUAUGGUGAAGCGAUCAAUCGGUUUGUCAGUGAUAAUGCUAGAGUCUGCUUAAUCUAUAUCCAUAUAUCCAUAUUUUCUGCAUUAGAUAGUUCGGGAUAGGUGGAAUGACGAGGCAAGUACAGCGUAAACAUAUUAAUUCAAGGAAAGAUGAAACAUUUAAAGAUAUCAUAUCUCGAUACAGUUAUUUCCAGAAAAGCAUUCGUGUAACUCGAUUGCACAAACGUAAAUAAUGAUCCAUGGAUAUAAAUGUGUAUGUGUAUGCAAGAUACAUGGAUUCCCUACUUCGAAAGACCAGGACAAGAUUCGGUAGUCACACCGCUACAUAGAUUGUAAUUAAAAGUAUUGAAAUAUCUGUCAAGUAAAAUGGAAAAAUAUUUUCUAUGA